AUGGGGUCUCCUGAUCCUGUCCCGGUGCGGCAGAGAAAGGAGGCGAAGCAGCAGACGCCGCAGGAGGCAAUUGAUGAGUUUUGGGCCAAGUUUACGACGAGGGCGCCGGGCAAAGCGACAACUGUGAUACCGCAAAAUCCAUAUACUGCUAGAGUGGCUAGAAAGAACGCCAAAACCGCAUCCUCAUCUACCACAACCCAAGCUUCUUACGAAACGGCAGCGGCUAUGUGCCGAGCCAAAGUCGACAAGAUUGUCCAAGAAUGCCGCCGCGUCAACAAAAAGUACAGGGACCCGCACUUUGAUCUCGAGGCCGAUCUGAAGCUGGUUCGCCGGGACUGCCUGGAGUCUCUCUCCAACUUCGAGCCUCUCGACAACCCGGGCAAGGAUUUUCGACCGGGAAGCGCCAAGCGUGUCGUGGAGAUAUUCGACAAGCCGCAGUUUUACAUUGAAGGCCCGACGGCUAACGACGUGAGACAGGGGAGAGAUGGAGACUGCUGGCUCAUGUCGGCGCUGUGUACGCUGAGCAACAAGAAGGGGUUGAUUGAGAGGCUGUGCGUGGCGCAUGAUCAAGAUGUGGGAGUUUACGGUUUUGUCUUCUUCAGGGAUGGCGAGUGGAUUUCGGAGAUUGUAGAUGACUUUCUCUAUCUCACCAAAUCGGACUACGAUGAGAAGCACUGGGAACGGGUUCUCUUUGAUGAGCUUGAGCGCUCCAAUCCGGAAGAAGCCUACCGCAGAGUGUACCAGUCCAACAGCAGUGCUCUUUAUUUUGCUCAGUGCCAGCAUCCUCAGGAGACUUGGCUUCCGCUUCUUGAAAAGUGUUAUGCAAAAGCGCACGGAGAUUAUGCUGCUAUUGAGGGUGGGUAUGGAGGCGAAGGCAUCGAGGAUCUCACAGGCGGGGUUACGUCUGAGAUUUUUACCACUGACAUUCUUGACAAGGAGUAUUUUUGGAAGGAGCUGAUGAAAGUGAACCAAGACUUUCUCUUUGGCUGUAGCACCGGGGUAUGGGGAGCGAACUGGGGAGAGAGAAAAGGCAUCCUCGAGCUCCAUUCCUACUCCAUUCAGAAAGCCGUGGACAUUAAUGGUAAACGCCUGCUUCGACUGAAAAAUCCUUGGGGAAAAGGAGAAUGGAAAGGUCCUUGGAGCGACGGCUCCAAAGAAUGGACUGCCGAAUGGCUGGAGAAACUCGACCACCGAUUUGGUGACGAUGGUGACUUUUGGAUUGCAUACGAAGACUUGCUUCAGAAAUAUCAGGCUUUUGAGAGAACUCGGCUAUUCGAUGACAGCUGGCAAGUGUCUCAAAUCUGGACUACCGUCAACGUUCCUUGGAUGCUGGAUUAUCACGACACUCAUUUCUCUUUGGCCAUUACCAAACCUGGUCCAGUUGUGAUUGUGCUAGCUCAGCUGGACGAUCGUUACUUCCGUGGUCUUCACGGACAAUACAGAUUUGAGCUGGCGUUUCGGGUCCACAAAGCUGGGCACGAAGAUUACCUUGUCCGCAGCCAAGCGCCAUAUCGCAUGAGACGCUCGGUCAAUGUCGAACUUGAUUUGGAGGCGGGUGAAUACGACGUUCGAAUCAAGAUUGAUGCGGUUCGCCUUGACGACAUUUUGCCUAUUGAGACCGUCAUUCGAAAGAACGCCAAGAAACGACGAGAAAAGCUGACGCGCAUUGGUCUAGCGUACGAUCUCGCACAUAGCAAAGGUAGAGUUGUGGAAACUCCGGAAGAGAAGGCUGCCAAGGAAGCGCAUGAGAAACGCGUCAAAGACAAAGAGCUUUGUGAAAUCAAAGAUAGGAUCAUUGCUCGCCGCAAGGAUGACCAUUAUCUCAAAAUGAAGCAGCAUGUCAGGAGUCAAAAGCAAGAAAAGAAACGAAAAGAAAAGCGGAAA